GCUUGCAAUCACCGAAAUUUUGGGUCUCCGUGAUUAUGCAGAUGCGAGGAACGAUUUUCAUCUUGAAAUCGCGCCGAGCAUUUCGGUUUAGAUCAGAAUUCUCUGUUUGCAAACAUUGGUUUUUUAUUUUUAUUUUUUUUGUGCACGAAGUGACUAGUUCAAAGUGCAUUGCGUCACAGGAAGUAAAAGCAGAAUUGUGCUUUGUGCUGGCUAGGAUCAAAGAUUGCUUCAUCAAACAAUUGGACCACUUGUGCAAUCUUCAUUUUCACGUUUGACUAAUUGAUAAUGUUGGCCGCCGAUUAAUGGCAUCGAAUGGGGAACCUCACCUUGGGUUUGAUUGGUUGGUGGGGUCCGUCGCAACAGAUGCUUCCCCAAAUUAUUUGUUUUUGGAGGGACGGAAUUACUCCAAGUGCAAUCCCUGUGCUCCUGCUCCGUUGGGGUGUUGCUGAAAUGGCACUAAACAGUCAUCGCUACCUUUUAGUGUAUAUGAGAUUUCAUUUACUUUACAUACACAAAACAGCAAAUAUAAUUACAAGAUUCCAAUUGUGCUUAGACUGCUAUUGGCAACACAUAUCGCUUCGUCGAUGGACGGUUUUUAUUGGUCAUAGAGUGAUUUAACUGAAAGUUGGGGAAGUACAGGUUGUGUUAACCUUACUUCCUUCUUAGGCUAGUGCUCCGUCUGUUUUAGCAUUUUACUUGAUCCGAGGAUCUACGUGAAAUUUUAUGAAAUUGCUUACUUUAUUUGAAGAGAAAAUGUCGUGUUCUUUUAGAUGUAAGCUAGUUGAGAUCUUUCUUUUCCUGGUUGCACCUGUGUACUGCUUACGAGAAAAUUUUUUGUCCCGAAUCCUGAAAGUCUUGCUUGUGCGGUUUUCGAGAAGCUUUUAGCAAAAGAUAGCGCUGACAAUUUAUCUUUUAGGCAUGUUUUCGUAUCAUGUUAUUUGGACAUGGUUGCAGCAUCUUGUAUGAUGGGACUCAUAAAUGGUUCCCUACUCUUUUCCACCUGCUUGUUGAUUACCUUUUUAUUGCUGAAAUCAGAUAGCCAAAGCAAGAGCCUGUGGAGGUGCUUCUGGCUUGUUUAGCUUGGAGAAGUCUCUGAUGAUUGAUUAGGGUGGGUUUCUGCUGGUUAUAUUUGUGUUGCAGUUGGGAGGAUAAAACUAUAAAUGGAAACCAAUAAGAAACGAACACCGAAUAGCAGUCAAAAAAAGCGGUCCGAGAGAACAGAUAAGAAAAACCAAAAACCACGUCAGGAGAAUGGCGUGAAAGGUUUGAAUGCCAAACAAACAGACCCUAAAGCUUCAAUUGGUAGAUCAGAUUCUUGUGCUAUAGUAGGUGAUUCCAGCACAGGUGCUGAGCCUGCUGAAGUUUAUGAAAACGUGGUUAUACACUAUGUAGAUGAUGCCAACAGGAUUGAGGAUAAGGAUACAAAUGGUAAUGCACAAACUCCAGUGUUGCCUGAUAAACAAAUCAAGGAUGAAACCUCGGAUAACCAUUCCAGUGAUCUGGAGAAGGAAUCUUGCCAGGGAAAGGAAGAAGGAUCUGACACAGAGACUGUUAAAGAUUCUGUAUCAGCUCAAGGAGAUUCUGUGACCACUGAGGAGGAAAAGGUAGAAAGAUCUUCUGGGAAAGUCGACAAAAGAAUAAACACGACAAGCACCACAGAGAGCUCACCUCGUGGAUCGAGCAAGAAAAUUGACCAUGAAAGCAAUACAUCACAUUCCAAGGCAUUGCAGAGUACCAAUGGGAAAUCUACAAAAUCCAGGAAGGAGACUUCUGGAGUUUCUACAAAAAGUAACGGUGACCCUGGGCAUAGAGAUUUUCCUUCUAAACCUUCAUCAGAAUCUUCUGAAGGAGUAGAUGACAGAAGUACUGAAGAGAUGAAGGAAGUUGAUAUUUUAGAUGAAGCCUCAAAUGGCACCCAGAGUGUUGGAAGUGACGGUGAUGCUUCUGAUGCUGGAGAAAAUGAACGGAAGGAUCAGGCUGCUUUGGAACAAAAGAUGGAAGAAAUGGAGAUGAGAAUUGAGAAACUUGAAGAGGAAUUGAGAGAAGUUGCUGCCCUCGAAAUCUCACUAUAUUCUGUGGUACCCGAGCAUGGGAGUUCCGCACAUAAAGUCCACACGCCUGCCCGACGUCUUUCUAGACUCUACAUUCAUGCUUGUAAGCAUUGGACUCAAGACAAGCGGGCCACUAUUGCUAAAAACAUUGUCUCGGGGCUUGUCUUGAUUGCAAAGUCCUGCAGUAAUGAUGUACCAAGGUUAACCUUCUGGUUGUCCAACACCAUUGCGCUGAGGGAAAUCAUUUCUCAAGCAUUUGGCAGUUCACGUAACUCAAGCCCUUUUACAAGGUUUGCUGAGUCAAAUGGGAGUAACAAGAAAAGUGAAGCCAAGUCUAUGACACUGAAAUGGAAGGGCAAUUCUAAUUUAAAGCAAACUAAUGGCUCUAUACAGUUUCUGGACGACUGGCAGGAAACAGGAACCUUCACGGGGGCAUUAGAGAAAGUUGAGAUGUGGAUUUUCUCCCGGAUAGUCGAGUCCAUUUGGUGGCAGGCUUUCACUCCACAUAUGCAAACUCCCGUUGAGGAUUCAUUUUCCAACAAAAGCACGGGGAAGUUGCUGGGACCAGCUUUGGGUGAUCAGCAGCAGGGGAAUUUCUCUAUCAACUUAUGGACAAACGCUUUUCAAGACGCUUUCCAACAAAUUUGUCCUGUUAGAGCGGCAAGACAUGAGUGUGGUUGCCUGCCUGUAUUGGCAAGGAUGGUAAUGGAACAAUGUGUUGCCAGAUUAGAUGUGGCAAUGUUUAAUGCCAUUCUGCGUGAAUCAGCUUUUGAGAUACCUACAGAUCCAGUCUCUGAUCCAAUUGUCGACUCCAGGGUACUGCCUAUACCAGCAGGACACUUGAGUUUCGGAUCUGGAGCUCAGCUUAAAAAUUCAGUUGGCAAUUGGUCUAGAUGGCUCAGUGACAUGUUUGGCAUGGAUAACGACAACCCUGCUGAAGAGAAUCAGCACAGUCACAAGGUGGAAUGUCAGCAGGGUGGUGAUAGUGAACUGAAGUCCUUCGUUCUUCUUAAUGAACUGAGUGAACUUCUAAUGCUCCCAAAAGACUUGCUUCUGGAUCGAUCGAUCAGAAAGGAGGUGUGCCCAACCAUUAGUCUGGCUUUAGUCAAACGGGUGCUCUGCAACUUUACUCCAGAUGAGUUUUGUCCGGAUCCUGUUCCAGGAGCUGUACUGGAGGCACUGAAUGCCGAAAGUUUUGUGGAGCGGCGAAUUUCUGGAGAAACCGUGAGAAACUUUCCUUAUACAGCUGCUCCCGUUACGUACUGCCUGCCUUGCUCUCUUGAUGUGGCAGAGAAAGUUGCAGAGGCAGGAGUCCGUUCUCAGUUGUCAAGAAAUGCGUCUGCAGUGCAGAGAAAAGGAUACACGAGCGAUGAAGAACUUGAAGACUUGGAAUCUCCUCUCAUGUCUAUAAUGGAUAAUAUGUAUUCAUCUCCGACUACCAUCAGUAAUGGAAAUGGAAACGGGAAACUAGUGGAGCAUCCUGGUUACUCUUCGCUGAAUGCAAGAUAUGAGCUCCUUCGAGAGGUCUGGUCCGAGUGAGCUGUGGUUCAUGUAUAUUCCGAUUCCCUGUCAAAUGUAAAGUCGCAUGAGAUAAAGUUUUAUAUCCAUGAAAAUGUAGAGAAUGGAGGAGAUGAAAGGUGAAAGCUUUUUGAGCUAUCUGAUAUAAACAGAUUUAUUGUAUAUUUGCCGCAACUUGUGAGUUUUACACAGUUCAAGAUUUCUUUCA